UUUUAAUAAACAGAGCUAUGUAGAAGUUGCUGUUGAUUAGCCGCUUCCUAGCAACUGGCUGGCUAUGUUAGCUGCAUGGAGAUAUUUUUACAUCCCCCCCGGCUGCUCCCCAUUAAAGCGCGUUAAAGGGGCACCCGACGCCCUUGCAAUUGAAUGGAGCAUGUUUAAUGCAGAGCCGGUCGCCGGGGGGGACGUGUGUGUGUGUGUGUGUGUGUGUGUGUGUGUGUGUGUGUAGCCGGCUGCAUUUGUUCCAAUCGGACGCAGAUGAAUCGACGUAAAAAAAGAAUCACGCAGUCACCUGGUCGGUUGAGGAUAGAGAUUCUGGCUACGUUCCAGUGUCAUCUUGUCUGCCAGUCAGCUAUCUGUGGUCCACACACAACACUGCCUACGUACUUCCUUUGGUUAACCUGUUUCCAUGCAUCAGUCUGGUGAACAGAGACUUGCAGGUUUGUGUCAAAUUACCGAACACCUUUUCCUCAGCAAUGGCAGAGCUGCAAAUGAUAAGGCUGUCAUAUCUCGUUUCAACAUCACCUGCAUCAUCAAUGCCACACAAAACAUCACAAACACUUCCACUGCAGAGGUGGAAUAUGUCCAUAUACCUGUUACAGACUCUCCAUCUUCUCCUCUAAGCGACUUCUUUGAUGAGGUAGCGGAUAAAAUCCAGCUCGUUGGGGAGCAGUGUGGACGCACAUUGGUUCACUGCAAUGCAGGUGUGAGUCGCUCAGCUACAUUAUGCUUGGUGUAUCUAAUGAAGUACCAUGGAAUUACACUUUUGGAGGCACACAAAAAGGUCAAAUCUUGUCGACCUAUUAUUAGACCAAACAGUGGAUUCUGGAAGCAACUCAUCCGGUAUGAACGCAAGCUCCGUGGUUGUGCCACGGUCACAAUGAUCACAUCCCCCAUGGGUGAAAUACCUGACAUUUAUGAAGAGGAGACCAAAGAUAUGCUUCCUCUUUGACAUGCACUGUUUGUUAACCCCAUUGUGAAAAUGCAUUAGUACUCGUUUUAUAUCCAGUAUGUUGAGUUGGAAGUGGUCCUCUCAAAUGUAUUUGUAAACUUUGAUUCAGAAAUAAAAAUUACAAUUGUACAAUGUCACUUUACGAUUUACAACUAAACAAAGGUUUGUCUGUUUUGUAAAGGCUACAACUUCAAUAGUGUCAUCCAAUGUAAGAAGUGUCCACGGGUAGAAAAGUUCAAAAUAAAUAAAUUCAAACAACAAUGAAUUGUUA